UUUCGUCACGCUCCCGCCACAGAUUCCUCCCUCCUCUCUCCUCACUCCUUCCUCCUCCCUCCUAACGCUACCUUCCACAUCUCCCUCCCCCCUCCUCUCUCUCUCUUUGCAUCGCGACUCCUCUCCACUCGCCAAGUGGCUCGUGAGACUGGAGGCAGCCUCGGUGCGUGGAGAGAGAGAGAGAGAGAGAGAGAGAGAGCGAGAGAGAGAGAGAGAGAGAGAGAGAGAGCAGGAGGAGGUGAAGAUGGAGGAGAGCUUUGACGACCCGUCCUGUCUCUCUCCUCAGGCGCCCGGCUGCGUGUCGCCGGCCAGGAGGCAGAUCAGAGAGGUGAAGGAGACCAAGACCACGAUCAACGGUGUGACCUUCCCUCUGCCCGGAGAAGGACCGGAGCAGCAGCUGCUGAAGCCCAAAGAAUGGAGCUACUGCGACUACUUCUGGACCGAUAAGAAGGACCCCCAGGGCACCCCCUCGGUGGCGGGCUUCGAGGUUCUCCUUCAGAAGCAGCUGAAGGGCAAACAGAUGCAGAAAGAGAUGUCUGAGUUCAUCCACGAGAGGAUAAAGAUUGAAGAGGAAUACGCCAAGAACCUGUCCAAGCUGUCUCUGAGCCCGCUGGCGGCGCAGGAGGAAGGGACUCUGGGAGACGCCUGGACGCAGCUGAAGAAGAGUCUCCACGACGAGGCCGAGGUCCACCUCAAGUUCGCCAACAAGCUUCACACCGAGGUGGAGAAACCUUUGCUGACGUUCAGGUGCGACAACUUCAAGAAGGACCUGAAGAAGUACGACCAUCACAUCGCCGACCUCAGGAAGCAGCUGGCGAGCCGCUACGCCAGUGUGGAGAAGUCCCGUAAAGCCCUGGCGGACCGGCAGAAGGACCUGGAGGUGAAGACCCAGCAGUUGGAGGUCAAACUCAGCAACAAGACGGAGGAGGACAUCAAGAAGGCCCGACGGAAAUCCACACAAGCAGGAGACGACCUGAUGCGCUGCGUGGACCUGUACAACCAGACGCAGUGCAAGUGGUUUGAGGAGAUGGUGACCACCAGCAUGGAGCUGGAGAGACUGGAGGUGGAGCGGGUCGAGUGGAUCCAGCAGCAUCUACGUCAGUACACGACCCUGAGGCACGAAACGGACAUGUUCAACCAGAGCAUGGUGGAGCCGGUGGACCAGCUGCUGCAGAACGUGGACCCGGCUAAGGACCGUGAGCUCUGGGUCAGGGAGAACAACACCGGCGACGUGCGGCCCGUGGACAUGGACAUAUAGCAGCUGACCUGGGAC